AUGCGGAGUCCAGUCGCCUUAUGCCCCUUGCGCUCUUGGACCGGCAACCACAUUGUUCACCCUCGCAAACAGCUUCCUGUUGCUGCCUUUGUGGGCAUCAGGCCAUCGCAGCAGCCUCAGAGAGCAGGGGAGUCCGAAAAGGCUUCAGUGCGCGGUGACCACCUGCGCAGUGUCGCCGAGCUCCGUGUUCGUGCCAGCACCCAAGCUGCCACUGCCAAAAGAAGUCGCGGAUUUUCUUGGAACUUCUUCACCUGGUGUGGCGUUCUAGGCAUUCUUGCGGCCUGCUGGCGCAGUUGGAGCAGUGGGUCGGUCCUGUCGGCAGUGGUUGGGCUCAUGAGGCUAAGAUCUUUGUCACGGCGCGGCUCAGUGCGCGCAAAGCGUGGCAAGCUGGCACGCUUUGCUGUGCGAGGGGCGAUUCUCGCCGUGGCACUGUCAGUUCUGACAGAUCUGGCCUGGGCAUUACUCCUGGCCGUCCUCUGGAAGCCACGGGUUGCCCUGGCCAUGUUGACAUCCGCUGCGCUUGGUGCAGUGAAAAAGCUGGCGAAGUUCUUGGCGCUCAUACUGCUUUCCUGA